GUUUGGGCGUCAGGGUCGUGAAGGUAGGACUGCCGGUCUCGGGCGGCCACUUUCCUCUCUCCGGCUGCCCGCAGUCAGAGCAUGUCCCCUAGAACCCGAGGAGCCCCGGCCGGGCUUGCUUAGAGAAGACGCGGACCCCCAGCACUUGGGUCCUGGGCGUUCCGUCCCGCUCCUCUGUCGCUGGAGAACCGCCGGGCUGAGCAACUGGGAGAAGCAGGCCAGAGCUUUCUAGGGCCUCGGGCCCGGGGCCCCGUGGAGGAUGAGCUGGCUCUUUCCCCUGACCAAGAGCGCCUCCUCCUCCUCCGCAGCUGGGUCCCCCGGUGGCCUCACCAGCCUCCAGCAGCAGAAGCAGCGGCUGAUCGAGUCCCUCCGGAACUCACACUCCAGUAUAGCAGAAAUACAGAAAGAUGUGGAAUACAGGUUGCCAUUCACCAUAAACAACCUGACAAUUAACAUUAAUAUAUUGCUCCCUCCACAAUUUCCUCAGGAAAAACCAGUGAUCAGUGUUUAUCCACCAAUACGACAUCACUUAAUGGAUAAACAUGGAGUAUAUGUUACCUCUCCAUUAGUAAACAAUUUUACAAUGCACUCAGAUCUUGGAAAAAUUAUUCAGAGUCUGUUGGAUGAGUUUUGGAAGAAUCCUCCAGUUUUAGCUCCUACUUCAACAGCAUUCCCAUAUUUAUACAGUAACCCAGGUGGGAUGCCUCCUUAUGCUUCUCAGGGGUUUCCAUUUCUUUCUCCAUUUCCCCCACAAGAAGCUAACAGAACUAUCACUUCUUUAUCUGUCGCUGACACUGUUUCCUCUUCAACGACAAGUUAUACAACAGCCAAGCCUGCUGCUCCUUCAUUUGGUGUCCUUUCAAAUCUGCCGUUACCCAUUCCCACGACAGACACUUCAGCACUGAUAAGCCAAAAUGGUUUUGGUUACAAGAUGCCAGAUGUCCCUGAUGUGUUUCCAGAACUCUCAGAGCUAAGUGUGUCACAGCUCACAGAUAUGAAUGAACAGGAGGAGCUGUUACUAGAACAGUUUCUGACUUUGCCUCAACUAAAACAAAUCAUUACCGACAAGGAUGACUUAGUCAAAAGCAUUGAGGAGCUAGCCAGAAAAAAUCUCCUUUUGGAGCCCAGUUUGGAAGCGAAAAGGCAAACUGUUUUAGAUAAGUAUGAAUUGCUUACACAAAUGAAAUCUACUUUCGAAAAGAAGAUGCAAAGGCAGCAUGAACUUAGUGAGAGCUGUAGUGCGAGUGCUCUACAGGCAAGGUUGAAAGUAGCUGCACAUGAAGCUGAGGAAGAAUCUGAUAAUAUUGCUGAAGAUUUCUUGGAGGGAAAAACUGAAAUAGAUGAUUUUCUCAGUAGCUUCAUGGAAAAGAGAACAAUUUGCCACUGCAGAAGAGCCAAGGAAGAGAAACUUCAACAGGUGAUCGCAAUGCACAGCCAAUUUCAUGCUCCACUAUAGAUUUUCCUGAAAACAUGAACUGCCAAGAGAGGAAUGGGACACAAAACUAAGCACAUUUAUAUUUAUGAUUUACAAAUUGGGAUUUCGUCACAGUGGCUGAAUUCAUAGAUAUACUAUAUAGAUUGUAUACAAAUCUGAGAGUGAAUUUGUACAGAUUAGAAUGAUUGCUAUGAUCUUUGCUUUGAGAAAUUUUUCUGCACUAUUUGCACUAAAAAUGUUUAUUUAUUGUUGAUAAAUCUUAUAUUUAAGUUCCACUGCUGUUCCUCUCAUUAUUGAUUAAAUACCUAUGCAUGUAAUUUUAGCUAGUUUCAAUAUUUUAUAAAACUACUUUAUUUAAAUUUGUAUUUUUAAUUUGAAACUGCCUCAUUUAUCAAGAAUGGUCUGUUUAGAUUUUUUUCCUCUCAACCUUUUUUGAAAAAUUACUAUUUUCAACUGUAGAAAGACUCUUAUUUUUUCCCUUUCUUUCUGGAUGAUAAAACUUUCAAAAACAAUUUGUUUUUAAAUGGUCAGGAAACACCACACCUGCCAAUGUGCCGUCUCAAGAAAGAAACUUUUAAUACAUACAAUAAAUCAAAAGAAUAAACCAG